CAGUUUGUGGGCACAGUUUGCCACCAUUAUAGUGCAAUUAAUCAAUUGUUUUGUGUAGUGGCUUUGCUGGCAUGCAUAAACAAAUAAAUCAGUUUGCCCUACCAAGAUUUACAUGCUAAGACCCCCAAUGGAUAGGCCUAGGGAAUAGGUUGUGAAGGAGAAUAAUUAACUGAAUUGUUGAUUCAUGUCGCCGCAUCAUGUACAUUAAAAUGUUGGAAGGCAAUGCAAUACUCUUUGUAGUCUUGUCAUAUCUGCAUAAAACAAACCUUCUGUUCCCUUUUCUUUCAAAUGCCACACUGAAGGAUUACACUUUUUAGAGAAUACAUUUAAAUAAUUAGGGCAUAUUACAUUCUAUUCUAAAUGUGGGCAAAUUAGGCGAACCUGGCAGGUGCAUGGUUAUAGAUAAUACAACAAAAUGUAGCCUAUAGGUAAAGGAUCAUUAUUAAUUUAAUCAGACAUUGACAAGACUGGUUGUCAAUUAAAUAGUUUACUCAAAUAGUUUUCUUGUCCUCAAGUUGUUCCGAGCCCUGUCGCAGUCACACAUGCGCAGGUGCAGAGCUGUCGGUUCGGAGAACGCGCAAUGACUCACUAUUUUGCAGGAAGAUGGAAUUUACUGCGCCAAUUGUUUCUCGUGCUGUAACACUAUUUGGCAGCGGAAGAAGAGGGGAAGGUUUUUGGCCAUAGAAUCGGUGUUGCCAUCAAACGGAGACUGGCUUGGCACAGGGGACAAACGGGAGACGAAAAUAUCCUUCAUAUCUUGCUAUAAUUUCACAAUAAAGCGGGUCUUCGCAGAGACCUGACGUGACCGUCAUCCCUGAACAGAGCCAUCCGCCUGCUCCGAAGUCAGUCCUUAACCAUCAUUGGGCAAUCUGGGUUGAAUAUUAUAAUCCGUCCCUAUCCCUUUUUUCAGCUUUCACUGGGUAUCAUAGAUAGACACUUUACUUUUUAACUCCCUCCCUCCCACUGGGCAAAAACUGGUUGAAUAAAAGUUGUUUCCUCAUCAUUUCAACCCCCAAAAAACAAUAUGUUGACGUUGAAUCAACGUGGAGAAAUAAUUGGAUUUGCAAAAAGUCAUCAACAUAAGGGCAUUUCGUAAUUUUUUCACCCAACUUUUAACCUAAAUCCAAUGACAUGGUGACAUUUUUUGUUGAUUUCAUGUUGGUUGACAACUCAACCAAAUGCAAAUCAAAACUAGAUGUUGAACUGACGUCUGUGCCCAGUGGGCAGUUUCCAUUUUCUGAAUUGGUUGCCAUAUAGAUUUUCACUAUCUCACUUCCUCUGACUGGACCCACUGGAUUCUAUUAAGAUUUAUUCCCUGGCUGUUGUCCAUCUCUCUGGGCUAUAACAUAAAUCAUUAAUGUUUUCAUUACGUUCAUAUUUUUAGACCCCAGACUUGGUAUCAUAGAUAUUUUCACCCUAGUCUGGCAGCUAGGCUGCUCCCCUAUAUGCUGAUGAAUGAAGACCCCAUUCAGGAAGAGCGCGCCGGGCCAGAGAUCCAGAGCUGAUGCAGGGCACUCAGGUGUUUCUGCAAAUAUGAAGAAAAAGAACUCCCACAAGAAACAAAAGAACAGCAUGGGCCCCAACAAGGCAGUGUCGUCGGCGCCACGGCGUAACAUCGUGGGCUGUCGUAUCCAGCACAUCUGGAAGGAGGGGAGCGCUACAUCUCAGUCGCAGUGGAAAGGCACGGUGCUGGACCAGGUGCCCGUCAACCCCUCGCUCUACCUCAUCAAGUACGACGGCUUCGACUGUGUCUAUGGCCUGGAGCUGCAUAAAGAUGAGAGGGUACAGGGCCUCGAGGUGCUCCCUGACCGUCAAUCCUCUACGCGCAUCAGCGACGUCAACCUGGCUGACACGAUGAUAGGGAAGGCAGUGGAGCACAUGUUUGAGACGGAGGACGGAACUAAAGACGAGUGGAGGGGCAUGGUUCUGGCCCGGGCACCCAUCAUGAAUACCUGGUUCUUUAUCACCUACGAGAAAGACCCCGUCCUGUACAUGUACCAGCUCCUAGACGACUACAAGGAGGGAGACCUGAGGAUCAUGCCUGACUCAAAUGACGCUACGCCGGCGGAGCGGGAGCCGGGGGAGGUGGUGGACAGUCUGGUGGGGAAACAGGUUGAGUACGCUAAAGAGGACGGCUCCAAACGAACCGGCAUGGUCAUCCACCAGGUGGAGGCCAAACCCUCCGUCUACUUCAUCAAGUUCGACGACGACUUCCACAUCUACGUCUACGACCUGGUCAAGACCUCCUAAGGGCCACCUUUGACCUAUGACCCCCUUUUCACACUACUGAGUCGAAUCGAGCAGUGCUGGUCUGUUUACGUGUCUAUCCGCCAUUGCUGAAAAGGACUAUGUGGGGGAAAAAUAUUUCAUAGCGAGCCAGUAUAGCCUGGUUCGGGUCAGCACGGUAGUGUGAAAAGGCUACUGGGUCGAUGGGCCCAGAGGACAGGAGGCCUGUCUGGGGAGUUAACGAUGGAUGCGGAGGUUGUGGGGAAACUCUACCAUGCAGGAAAGACGAUCAAGCACCACCAUCACCACAUGGAACCUUAUCUUAUCCACCAAUUUUCCCAAAAUAUCUCUUCAACGUUUCGUGCAAAUGCUUCUUUGAGAUGUGACAGACGGACAGCUGGAUUGGAUAUUUCACUGAAGCCUUUGGAUUUCUAGUCAUGAAACAUCUCUGAUAGCUCUAGUCAGAGAAGGAAAAAGGGGGCACUGUGCAUCUGAAUUAGUGGCCACAAUUUGUUUCGUCCACUGUCUAUCCCCUGUAGUUGAGUGAUCCUAUGGAUACAUCCCAUCAAUCUCUAAGGGAAGACAGGGAAAAGAUAUCAAGCCUUAUAUUUGCACACUGCAUAUAAAGUUGGUUGGCAUCUCAUUCGAUUUUUUUCAGUGAUUUGAUGACCAAGCCAGUCAUAACAAUGUAUCUCCUAUAUAUGUGUGAGUGUAUGAGCUCUUGUGUUCAUUUUUUUUUUUUGUACUUGUGUUCAUUUUUGUUUUUUUUGUACAUGCAGUUCUGGAGUCCCCAUAUCUUACGGUGGUCAGUAACUACAGUAGUUGGGUUUGUUUCAGUCUCGUAGAAUCAUUCAAACCCUGACUAUGAUUACAUUUGUUUCUUUGUGAUGUUGAAAGAUAUGCAACAACAUAUGCAGUGAGCAAAGAAAUGUGUGGAAGUUACGAGAGGGAGGUGUCCAGUGUUUUAAAAGGAUGCUUUGGGAUUUUGGCAAUGAGGCCCCUCAUUUACUUCCCCAGAGUCAGAUGAAGUCGUGGAUACCAUGUGUAUGUCUCUGCGUGCAGUUUGAAGGAAGUUGCUAACUAGCUCUAAUGCAAUUGCUAACUAGCGUUAGCAUAAUGACUGGACGUCAUUGCCAAAAUCCCAAAAUCCCAAGGUAUCCCUUUGAUUCAAACGUUUUAUUUUAUUUCCAAGAACUUGUUUACUUUAUACUGUAUUUAAUGUACAUUCAUAGAAAAUGAUAGUUUGAUACAGAUUUAGUUCUAUCACAGCACUAAUUUCAAAAAAUCUUCUUAGAAAACAGAGGAUUUAAGAGCACUUGUUUGUUUGAGUUUUUUUUGUCCGAAAGGACAAUUAUAUUUUGAUCAUCUCAACAACACUAUUCAAAAAUGGUUAACCAGUGAGAGCGUUAAUCUGUUGUCCUGAGAAAGAUUUAGUUUAAUAUGCCUUGCCAAAUCCCUCGACCCUUAUAAUUCAUUAUUCAUUCAUAAUAACAGCAAUAAUUAUUCAGAUAAUAAUUGUUUAUUGUUGUUCCUGUAUUCAUAUGUUUACAACAGUUUGUUUUGUUGGGAAAAUCUAUUUUCAUUACUAUUUUUACUUAAUCAUCACAUUCGUCUUGACCUCUGUGUUAAACACACUUUCUGUUUAAUUGUUCUAGUAACAUUUUAGUAAACUGUUUUCUCAUGCCUUUUAAAAACUGAAGACGGUAUGGUAAAAGCACUGCAAAGUAAGACGAUUAUUUAGAAGUGAAAAUUCCAUACCAGCUCCUGAAAAGUGUUCUAAAUUCAGCAGUACCAGUACAACAGCACUAGAGUGAUUUUUGAAACUUUUUCACACAACUGUUAAUACACAAGAAGUAUUCAACACUUUAAAUGCAACACCCACUUUAUGGAGUGCAUGAAAUAUUGCAAUUGAGGAAAGGUUUACUCGCCCUGAAAGAGAUUUUUAUUUGCUGCGUGUGUGUGUGUGUGUGUGUGUGUGUGUGUGUGUGUGUGUGUGUGUGUGUGUGUGUGUGUGUGUGUGUGUGUGUGUGUGUGUGUGUGUGUGUGUGUGUGUGUGUGUGUGUGUGUGUGUGUGUGUGUGUGUAACCAAACUA